GUUUCUCCUGUGAGUGUGCAUGUCUAGUUGUCUGCUUCUUACAGCAGAUAUUUACCUUCCUCAUCCACCAGCCACUGGAGGAGGACUGGGACCAUGAAGAGGACUGAUCUGACCCAUUCUUCAGGGAGAAUUUCCUGCUUCAUCAUGUGGAACCAACGGCAAAGCCGCUUCAGGCGGGUGGCUUGCGGGGUGGAGGAGCUGCGGUGCCGCCGGCGGGAGCGGGAGGCAGCACUGCGGAAGGCGCGGCGGGAGCAGCAGCUGGUUAGCAAGAGGCUGCUGAGAGAAGCCCCAGAGGAAGCCGCUGGGGAAGGGGCGGCCAUCGUUCUCGGGGAAGCCGAGAUCCAGCAGUUCCUCCGACUAGCUCAGCGGGGGACAGAGGAAAAGGAGAGAGAGCAAGCUCUGGUCACUCUUCGUCGAGGCCUGCAGCACCUUGAGACACAGCAAACCUUCAUCCGGCUGGAGGGAAGCAUGCGGACCCUGGUGGGGCUUCUGACCUGCAACCGCGCCCUGUUGCAGCUUGAGGCGGCUCGGUGCCUUCAUGAACUCUCUCAUUCUGAGCAAUCUGUGGUGGCUGAAGCCUGCCUACCAGCUACUUCCUACCUCCUCACCUACCUCUCCGGUCACAGUUCAGACUUCAUAGAACUGUGUCUUUAUACGCUGGGAAACCUGAUUGUGGAGAGUGAGGCUGUGAGGAAGCAGCUCCUGCCACAGGGCAUUGUUCCAGCCUUGGCCUCCUGCAUACAGUCCCCGCAUGUGGCUGUGCUGGAAGCUGUUGGAUAUGCCUUGUCCCAGCUUCUGCAGGCUAAGGAAGCUCCAGAGGAGAUCAUUCCCUGUAUCCUGAACUCCACCCUGCCACAGCACAUGCUACAAUUGAUGCGGCCAGGCCCAAAGCUCAACCCUGGGGUUGCUGUGGAGUUUGCAUGGUGCCUUCACUACAUCAUCUGCAGCCAGGUCAAUAAUGCCCUGCUUAUCACUCAUGGAGCUCUGUCUACUCUGGGGCUGCUGCUGUUGGACUUGGCUGAGGUUGUCCAGAGAACAGAGGAUGCAGGACUGGAGCUGCUUGCAUGCCCUGUGAUUCGAUGCCUAAGUAAUCUGCUAACAGAGGUGGCAGUAGAGGAUGUGGGAGGUCAAAUGCAGCUCCGAGAUGAACGUAUUGUGGCAGCCUUAUUUAUCCUACUUGAGUUCUUCCUUCAGAAACAGCCCAGCCUGCUUCCUGAGGGCCUCUGGCUCCUUAACAAUCUUACUGCAAACAGUCCUACUUUGUGUACUUCUUUGCUCUCCCUGGAGCUGAUCGAACCCCUCCUGCAGCUGUUAUCAGUGUCGAAUGUGGUGAGCAUACUGGUACUCACAAUUCUGUGCAAUGUUGCAGAGAAGGGUCCAGCUUACUGCCAGCGGCUGUGGCCAGGGCCCUUGCUCCCCUGCUUGCUAAACACAGUGACCCUCUCAGACAUUGAGGUAGUAGGCCAGAGUUUGGAGCUGCUACAGCUGCUAUUCCUCUAUCAGCCAGAGGCUGCCCAGGCCUUCCUGCAGCAAUCUGGGCUUCAGGCCUUGGAAAGGCAUCAGGAGGAAGUCCAGCUUCAGGAUCGAGUGUGUGCUCUCCGGCAGACAGCUCUUCAUGGCUGACCUGGCUUCUCAUGUGCUCCAUCCUCUCACCAGUCACUUUGCUCAUUUUCUUUCCAGAGG